AUGCUAAGCAGUCUGAUCGUGCUACUCGGAGAAGAAACAAGUUUUGAAAUGAACAGCAUGUAUCGGUGGGGUUUCCUUGGUUUGGUUGUAAUGCUGAUCGUUGGCACAUCUGGUAAGUCUAAUCCCCAGGACUAUGAUGGACGAUCAAUGCUGCAAGAUUUCCGAAACCAUUUUAUAACUUACGAGCACAUUGAGCUAGACGAAUGUCCCUUGAAAUAUCUUCGAACGGUGUACACUGACUAUUGUCAUAUAGCACUGAUUAAGAAAAAUACGUCCAUCUGUCUCGGAGUGCUCGUAAACGAUUAUUACAUACUGUCGACCGCCGAAUGCGUGCCGGAAGAUUGGAAGUCGGUUCAUGUGCAAUUGCAAAACAAUUUCGAUCUUCCCAUUGCUGAUCGUGUAGUGUACCCAAACUACAAGUCGCUCAACGUAAGCAGCAAUAAGUCACCGAUUCUGUUGCGCAUAAACGGGACGAUCGAUUUCAGACUACCCUACGAAAAUACGGCUGCAUGUCUCUGGCCAACGGAUAACGUUAUCUCCUACUCCAAAGUGCAGGAUAUAGCAUACGAUUCCUCCUUGAACUACCUCAUCCAAAACACGACCGUUUGUUCAGCAUCGAUGCAGGGAGUUUGUUUGAAUAAAACCUUCGCACAGUGGUGUGAAAGGAAACCUGUCGGUAGUAUACUGCAAAUACGAGAUUUGGACAAGUAUUCUAUGCACCCGAUGGUGGUGGGACUAUUUUGCGAUGAUCAUCAACAGCUGGUGCCGGUAACGCGGUACGCCGACUGGAUUCGCGAUGUUAUUGCUCGCGACCGAAUUUUAUUCGCGAUCCCGGACGCAGGACUAGGUGAAAAGUGUAUCACCAAAGAUGAUAAGGAAGGUGUCUGUUUGCGCAUCGAAGCAUGCCCAAGAGUUUUCAAGCAGCUGAAAAGUAUGGCACGCCAGUUAACCUCACUGGAACAGUGCGGCUUCGAUGGCGACCACGUUUUGCACUGUUGUACAGCAGAAGAUAUGUCGAAGGGCGAAGACAAACAAGAGAAACUGCAAAGCAUUAUUCAUGAAAUCGAACAUUGCCAUGAGCUGUACGACGUGCACCGAAGGACUACGAAGGAACAGCAGCUCCAUUCGCAGCUAGCUCUGAUACGCAAUGAAGACAACAAGGUGGAGUGCGUCGGUACGCUCAUUGCGAAACAGUUCGUUCUGACUGCAGCGCAGUGCGUACUACGCAUAAAGUCAAAAUCAAGCACCGUGAAGCUGGGAGUUAACGCGUUUGAUGAAAAGGCAUUCCAAAUACGCAAUGUCGCGUCGACCGUGAUUCACCCCAUGUUUGAUCAUCAAUCAAACCAUUUUAACAUCGCCAUUUUGACACUGGAUGCACCUAUUACCAUCAGCGAAUAUAGUGUACCGGCUUGUAUGUGGCCGGAAAAAGAUCGUAUGCCGGUCAAGCUCAUAUCAACGGGGUAUGACACUGCAGCAAAUGCCGUUACCGUCAACACGGUGAACCCACUGUACUACAUCGACUGCCGGCUUAAAUACUAUUCCAACUUAACGCUGACGGAGGCGUGCGUAUUGCCGAACAUGGACGAUGUUCACUGCGACGAAGGACCAACGGCUUGUGCCGAAUCUGGCACUGGAUUGUACGGUACCGUGUACAUGAGCUCGGACUGGAGACCUGUUAACUACGUAGUCGCGAUCUACAGUAUCGGUGCACAGUGCGCUCAAAAUAAACCGGCCAUAUACACGCGUGUCAGCGAGUAUUAUCCGUGGAUAAAGGCCCAACUAUACCUGAUGGCUCAAGAUUUAUGA